CUGACUGGAUGGUUUCACAGAGAGCAGAGGCAUUUGAGUCAGGGCACACAUGCUUCAGCUGUGAGAGGCCCAACUCCCCUUGGCUGGCUGGCUGGCAUCCCAGAGCAGAGGCAGAGAGAGACAGAGAGGGCUCAAACUGAGAUACCGGGGGCGAAGAGAAGCCUUAACUAAAAAGCUAAACUUGUGAAGAGGCAAAGCGGUGGUUGGAAGUUGAGAGGAAAGUUUUAGGGACUGAGAUCAUUGCAGCGUGGCUUCUGGAGAUUGUUUUUCAGUGGUGUAUUUUUAACUGUAGUGAGCGUGCCCACGGCUUGUAUUUAGAGUUGACAGCUAUGGCGGAUACAGGUGUCAAGAAGGAGCAUGCAGCUGUUGAGGAAGUGCAUUAUGAUGAUGAUGAGGUAGCUCUGGUGGCUGCUACCACAGACCCGGCAGUAGACGAUGAUGAUGAUGAUGAACCGUCUCAGGAGAUGGACCUGAUACUGGCCACCGGCUCAGGAGGCAAGAGCGAGGCUCAGAUGAACGGAGCCAUGGUCCUCUCUCUGCUAGACAAGAUAAUUGGGGUGGUGGACAAAAUCCAGCAGACCCAGAAUGGGCUCGAGGCUCGGCAGCAGGCCAUGGAGAAGUCGGUGUCAACCAUCCAAGGGGAGCUGGCGAAGCUGUCCAAGAACCACGUCGGCACUGCCAACACCGUCAACAAAAUGCUGGAGAAGGUGCGCAAGGUCAGCGUCAACGUCAAGAUGGUGCGCAGCAACCUGGAGAGGCAGGCGGGCCAGAUCAAGAAGCUGGAGAGCAACGAGAACGAGCUGCUCAAGAGGCGCAACUUCAAAGUCCUCAUCUACCAGGACCAAGUGAAGGCACCAAAGGCGUCUAAAGUCAAGACAGCAGAGACGGUAGUUGAGGGUACAGCAGUGGAAGGCCUUGAGAAAAUACCUGAGGAGGGACAAGAGGGUUUACCAGUCAGUCUCAACUCGGAUGAAGAGGUGGAGGUGGAGGAUAUAAUCCACGAGACUCGUAAAAAGCGCUUCCAACGUACAACCAAACAGCAAGUGGACAGCCUAAAGAAAGUCUUCUCCAAAGAAGAAAUUGAGAAGACCAAAUUAAAGACCAAGGAAAACUUGGAGAAGACCAGGCAGAAAACCCGCGAGAACCUGGAGAAGACGAGACAGAAAACCCGUGACAACCUGGAGAAAACCAAGCACAGUCUGGAGAAGAAGAUCGGCAAGCUCGGGACCCGCAUGACCCCCAACAUGGAACGAAGGGCAAAGAUGAAGAGCUCUAAAGAGAAGGUUAAGAAGUCCCUCACCCCUGACCAUAAAGUGUACGCCCGCUCCAAGACCACCGUGUACCGCGUUCCCCCGUUUACCUUCCACGUUAAGAAGAUCCGAGAUGGGGAGGCGGAGGUCGUGCAGAACACAGAGAUGGAGGAGGUGGCCGACGCCGAGAUUCAGCCCGAGGGAGACGAGAACGGGCUGGGUGUGCAUGUGGAGGUGGAAGAAGGGGAGCUGGUGUGUGUCGACAGCCCGGAGAUGGAUACUCUGCUGGAGGUGACUGAGGACACUCAGCUGGUCAGUGUGGAGCCAGACCACCUAAAGAAGGCCCAAAGCGACUAGACCCUCCCACAUGGCUGUAAAGGAAGACAUACAAGGAUGAUAAGGAGGAAAACAAGAUUCUUGAGUCUAAUCACAAGGACACAGUGUGGGUCGUAGAGACAUGAUCGUGACGUACAUGACAUCUAACUUGUUUUCCGUUCUCUUUUUAUUGUACCCAACAGGGAUGACUUUCGUAUUUGCUCAUAUUUAGCAUGUACAAAAAAGAAAAAGAAAACAAAAACAAAGCUAGCAUUAGCAUUACCAAUAUUUGCUGUUUGUUGUUGGUUUGAUUAAUUGUGUGGCUAUAAGAACAGAGGUAUAAAUAGUCCUUGCUAUUAAGAUGUAAUGUUUAGUUUUUCACAUGUAUUACAUGCACAUUAAUAUGUAUGGCAAAAGAAAGUUGUUGGCAGGAUUCAUGUUUGUACGGGAUGGUGUAAGUAAUGUAAUGUGCAUGAAACAAAAUGUAAACAAGAAGGCAAGUCUUAGGCCCACAGAAAAUGAAAGAAGAACAAGGCAGGAGGAGAAAGUACAAAUGCAACUGGACUUAAAAUUUUACCCCUGAUAAUCAAAAACCACACUUUCUCAAGCCUGGUGCCAAAGGUCACAGUGUAGUUGUGAUUUGUCAUUGUAGAAGACUGAAGUGUCAAUGUGUAACGUGUAAUAAAUCAUUUUGGGAACACUGAAACUGACAAAUUGAGAAUCGAAAUGUGUAAACAUUUAUGGGUAACGCCAGAAAGAAAAACACACUGUUGUGCAAUCAAGGCCAAAUGUUUUAUCUUUUUGAGGACAGCAUGUCGACAUCCUGUAUGUACAUUAUCUGUGCUUUGAUAUAAAACAUUGUAUGAUCCUUAAA